AUGAGUCAGCAGCCGCCCGCAGAACCGCCAGGCCCCCUCGUGGACCCGGCGGAGGACACAGUCCAUACGCCAGACCCCAUCAACACAGAGGGCCAGCUGCCAUCGAAAAGUAUUAAUUUAGAAGAUAAUGUUCAAUGUGUGUCCAUGAGAAAAGGUCUAAAAGUGAAGAGCCCUUGUUGCGAUGUAUCACUGGUUAAUUUAACUCGAAAAUUUAUGGCUCUUGUCAGAUCUGCUCCUGGUGGGAUUGUUGACUUAAACAAGGUUGCAACAAAACUCGGAGUGAGAAAACGAAGGAUAUAUGACAUCACCAAUGUCUUAUCUGGGAUCCAUCUGAUUGAAAAAAAGUCUAAGAAUCAUAUUCGAUGGAUAGGAUCUGAUUUCAGCCAUUGUGGAGCAAUAACCCAGCAAAAGAAGCUACAGGAGGAACUUUCUAACUUAUCAGCAAUGGAAGAUGCUUUGGAUGAGUUAAUUGAGGAUUGUGCUCAGCAGUUGUUUGAAUUAACAGAUGACAAAGAAAAUGAAAGACUAGCAUAUGUGUCGUAUCAAGAUAUUCAUAGCAUUCAAGCCUUCCAUGAACAGAUUGUUAUUGCAGUUAAAGCUCCACCAGAAACCAAAUUGGAUGUUCCACCUCCCAGAGAAGACUCUGUAACAGUACAUAUAAGGAGCACUAAAGGACCUAUUGACAUUUAUUUAUCUGAAGUGGAGCAGAAUAACACAAGUAACAAAAUACCUGCAGAUGGAGGGACCCUGUCAUCGGAAAACACGCCUCAAGAACAUCUUGAGGAAGAAGAAAAUCUUCCUCAGAAAAGUGAAGAAUUACUUGGAAGUGAGCAACUGACUACCUGUAGCAAUGGAGAAUCAGGAGAAGAUCCUGGGGUCAGAGUGUGCUCACAAGGAGAAGAGCUACUUCCUGCUGUCGUCUCAGGGCUCCAGGCUGACCUGGGGAAAUACCGAGAGGCUGCCUUCAUGGGGAAGUAUACUUUGAACUGCACUCCUAUUUCUCCACAAUGGUUCAUCACCAAGAGGGGGAUUGAGGACAUCCUCAGGGACCCGCCAGCCAUGCACCCCGAGCACCAAGGCCUGAGCCCCAGGGAGGCCAUUCUACAGUACAUCACAGAGGCCUGGCUGCUGGAAGAUGUGUCUGUCCACUUCCUCAAGCAGCAAAAGCAGAAGAAGGAAGAUCAACCUACCAUUUCCAGGAACUAA